AUGAAGGAAGGCGAUCAAAAGGAGCACGUGAGUCGUCUUAGCAGUCAAUUGGAAGAUAUGGAAAAGGAAAAGGAUGAAUUCCUAGAAGAAAGGGAAAGUUUACUCUAUGAAUUAGAGUCCCUCAAAAGAAAGUUGUCGUCAGAGAGUGGUUUGCUAGAAGAACAAAAGAGUGCUGCUGGCAUUCGCAUCAAGGAGCUUAUCAGGGAGGACGAUUUGAAAGCGGAUAACGACAAGCACGUCCAACAGAUAGAAUUUCAGCUAAGAGAAUCCUACGAGCUUGAAAGAAAGUCUAUUCAGGAUCAGUAUCGUCAGAUGAAAGACGACUUCCAUCAAGCCAUUGAGAAAGUGCACACUCUCACCGAAGAAAAGGCAACAGCAGACUCUUUAGUGGACCGACUACGCCAGGAAAUAACAGAUAAGCAACACCAGGUACCACAGGAAAUUGUCAUGGCUUCCAGCUACAGAGCUGGAUCCACAGCUUGUCCCAAAGCGAGGCCUCCUUCACAAGGAAUGAGAUGA